AUGAAGUACUAUCAUGUUGGUGUUGAUGUGGGUUCGUCAUCGAUAAGAGUCGCUUUUACGGAUUCAAACGGUGUGAUUGUGGCUGUAGAUAGUGAGAAUUUGGAUUAUACCCAAUCUUUAGAAAAUCCAAAAUUUGUGACACAAAGUUCUGAACAAAUUCUCCAGGGCUAUGAUAGAUGUAUCAAUCGAAUCAAUGAUCAAUUAAAAGAUGAAGAAUUCAAACUAGUUAGUAUUGGGGUUGCUGCAACUUGCUCCAUGGUAGUUAUGGAAAGGACAAUAGAUGGACUGGUUCCUUAUCCUGUUGAUUAUGGGUUCAAAGAUUCAAAACAAAAUAUAGUAUUUUGGAUGGAUAGUCGAGCUGAAAAGGAAACAAAAGACAUCAAUGAUUCUCUUAAAGGAGAUAAGCUACUGAAUUAUCAUGGUGGUGCAUUUAUAGAGGAAAUGGGGUUACCAAAAAUAAAAUGGCUAAUUGAUAACAUCCCAAAUCAAGAUCUUGAAGAUAUUGUAUUCUUUGAACUUUAUGAUUUUAUUACUUUCAAACUUUCCAAAGCUUCAAAUAUUUCCACAGGGACCCAAGAUUUAAAGACAAGUGAUACUGGAUAUCAUAUUGCAAUGGAUGGAUCAAUAAAAGGUUGGGAUUUAGACCUCUUGAAGAGAUUAGAUCUUGAUAUAUUAUCAAAUGGAAAUUUCAAAGCUAUUGGAAGAUUAGAAUCUUCAUACACCAAAACAUAUUUACCAAUACCUGAUGCUGGCUCAUUAGUAUACAUAACUGAAGAAAACUUAGCCAUAGGACAUGGUGUAAUCGAUUGUUAUGCUGGUUGGAUAGCAUCAUGUGGUAAAAAAAUUCAAAAUACAUUAACUAUGAUUGCAGGUACUUCAACUUGUUUCCUUGUUGCACAUAAUAAUCCAUCACCAUCACCAGGUAUUUGGGGGCCUUAUAAUACUUUAAUAUCUGAAUUACAAGUUUCUGAAGGUGGUCAAUCAACAACUGGGAAACUUAUUGAACAUUUAUUUGAAACUCAUCCAGCUUUCAAACAGAUUGAAUCAGAUCCAUUUACAUUAUUAGAAGAUCGUUUAACUAUUUUGGAGGCUGUUACUGGAGAAAGUGCACAUUUCAAGAAUAAAGAUAAUUUUUUGUAUGGUGAUUUAUCAGGAAAUAGAACACCUUAUGCAGAUGGAUCAAUGAGAGGUGUGUUCAUUGGAGAAUCAACUGAUAUUUCAUUGAAUGAUUUAACUUUGAAAUAUCUUUGUAUUUUAGAAUUUUUAGCUUUUCAAACUAAACAAGUUUUGGAAUCUUUAAAAGGACAUGAUAUCGGAAAAGUAAUCAUUUCGGGGAGCCAAGCUAAAAACUUAAGAUUUGUGAAAUUAUUAGCUAUGGUUACUGGUCUCCCUGUUGAAGUUAGUAAGACCCAACCAGGAUAUUCUGGGGUUAAAGGUGCUGCUUAUUUAGGUAUAGCUGCAUUUCAAAGAAAAUCAUUGUUAGAAAUAAUUUCUAAUUUGAAUGAAGAUGGUGUUGUAUAUGAACCUGAAGUUAGUGAUCCAAAACUUGUAAAACUUUUGGAAGUUAAGUAUAGAGUUAUGAAAGAUAUGGCUGAAAGACAGAGAGAUUAUAGAAAUUGGGUAUCAAAGGCAUUAGAGUGA